UAGCCUAGUGUUUUCUUUAAGCAUUUUGAAACGCCGUAGGUACCUUUGUACUUAAGUUGAUUAAACCGGCAUAUUUUCAUUGUGUAAAAGAAAAAUAUCCAUCAUGGCUCCUAAUAAAGGUGAAGGUAAGAGCAAAACAAGCGAAAAAGACAAAAGGAAGAGUCGAAAGGCUAGUGUUUCUUCCUCUUCAAGCAGCAGCAGUAGCAGUGCUCGUCCUCGCAAAAAGGAAACAGAAGCAAAGGCUGGUGCUAAGAGAUCCGGUUCAUCAUCAUCUUCAUCAAGCUCUAGUUCAUCAUCCAGCAGCAGUUCAGAUAACCAGUCACGUUCUCGAUCAAGUUCGUCGUCAUCCUCCUCUUCUUCAUCAUCACGAUCUUCUGAUUCGCGAAGAGUCAGUGGCCGGGGGAAACGCAAUGUGCAAAGAUCUCCUUCUGUGAAAAGGAGGCGAAAGAGUCCUUCUCCUCGCCUGACAAAGAUUCAAGUGAGCCGUUUAACCCGAAAUGUGACAAAGGAGCAUAUCCAAGAAAUAUUUAGCACCUAUGGGCCACUGAGAAAUGUAGAUUUGGUUAUUGACAGAGACCGCCCUCAUCUGUCAAGAGGAUUUGCAUAUGUUGAGUUUGAAAAUCCAGAAGAUGCUGAAAAAGCAUUAAAUUACAUGGAUGGUGGCCAAAUUGAUGGCCAAGAGGUGAAUGCUUCACUCGUGCAGUUCCAUCCUGCUCCUCAGCGACUCCGUAUGCCUCGUCCCUCACCCAUGGGAAUGCGAAGGCAACCACCACCUUGGAGACGAUCUCCUCCUGGCAGAAUGAGGGGUAAUAUGAGAGGCCGUAGAAGGUCACCACCUCGUUAUCGAAGGAGAACCAGAUCUCGUUCAAGAUCUCCAAAUAGGAGACGGCCAAGGUCAAGCAGUAGCAGUUCUAGAUGAAUCUGCGACUCCUGAUGCCAUCAUAAUGAUUUUGUCCUGGCUCUGUUAUGUUUUUUCAACAACGUUCUGUAAUGGGGCCAGUUGAAGUUUGGUAUUUUAUGAUAUUCAUUGUGUAUAUCAGUCAUGGAAGGAGCUUUCCUUGCAAAAUAUCAGUAGUUUUACUGAAAUUAUUCUAUGUUUUGUAUUGUGUUAUAUGAUUAAAGGUCUUAUUAAGAAUUAUUUUGAUUUUUUUUUUCUGUGUUAAUCUAAAUUUUUCUUGAUAUUUUUGUGGGAAUUUUCGUAUUUUGUAUUAAAAUUGAUUUAUUAAAAAUAGCAAACUUUGUUAAGGAGUAAUCAGUAACUUAGAAUUAUUUAUUUUCCCUUUCAUAAUCCAAAAAUAUGUUAUCUUGUUUUUAUUCUGUAUGGCUUUCUGAACAGAACUUCGUUAAAUUCAUUUUUGAAUUAUAAAAUUCCUAUUAAAAAUUUUGUAAUAUUUUAUUUGUUUUUUUUAUAGGAUUGUAACAAAAUAUCCUUUAUUGCAUGCAAUUACUGUAUAAGUAGGAAAAAGACUUGCUUUGAUGCUACUCCUGAAUUUUGUGUUAAUAAUGGAUGUAAUUUUGUGGUAGAUAUCAAUAUGCAUUUUGACUUCUAACUCAUUGUGUAUUUUUUUCUUUUCUGACAUACUAUGAAAUGAAAAGUUAAUGUGACAUUCCGGUUUCGAGUGACUGGAGUAAUAUAAUAUACCUCAGGAAAGGAAAUAUUUUUUAGUCUUGUUUCUAUGUUCAAGUAUGAUUAAAAUAAGAAUUUUUAUCAAAGAUGUUUGAUAUAUUCAAGAUAACCAAGAACUGUUUGAAAUAGUGUUAAUAUUUUUAAAAAUCUAAUAUUAAGAUAUAUCCAAAGAUUGAUGAAAUAGCUGCUAAUUGUAUCAUAUAUAUGAAUACUCUAAUUGACUGAAUACAUAUUAUUCAUCAAAUGCAGAAUUAAUACUCAAAUGUAACUGUUUUUUUUUUUAACAUUUUUAUUGUGGUUUAUAUUAAAACAUUUAUAUUUUCAGUAACUUUAUGAUGAGUGAUAUCUCUUGUCAUCUUCAGACACUAUUUUCAUCACAGCUUUGUAUGUACGUUUGAGUUCCUCUAAUUCUUUUUUACCUUCUUCUUGCUCUGUUAUCAAAUUCUUGUAAUCUUCUAUGAGUCUCGGGUGUCGAAGGAGAAUAGAUUUGUGCUGAAGUUCUUCAUUCUUUUGGUUCAUAUUGGCAUAUUUCAUUUUCUCUUGAAAUAGCUUAUUUCUCAUCUGCAUUUAAAAAAAAAAAUCAAGAAAGCAAAACGAGUUUUAAAAUGUUUUUAAGAAAAAAUAUUUCUAGUAGGAAUAUAUUGUAGACUCUCAAUAAUCCAGUAUACUGCAUUAGUCAAGCCCAAUGUAGUCCAUUAUGUUCAGAGGUGGUGAUUGGGAAGCAUUAAAGAGAAAAUAAGUCACUUUAAAUGUAUUUUAGUGGCCAUGGUAUGGCAUAAACAAUAAAUUAUAUUUUGUAAUAUUUAUCACAUUACCUUUGGCAACCAACCAACUUUGUUUGCGAGGAAUAUUAGCUGUGCUUAAUUUCAAUAAAUGUCUUAAGAAUGUUAAUUUUAUUCCAAGAUACCCUUAAAAAAGCAUUUUUAAUAUCAAAUUCUGACAGACAUUAUAGUCUUGUUAAUUUAUUCACUAAUUUUAUUUGUUAUAAAAUGAGCCUUAAGGAAAUCGAAGUCCCAUAAUGCCUUUCAAAUGUGUAUCUUUUUAAUUUAUGUUGUCUUUUACUAUACUUUCUUAAUUCUCAUACAGCAUGCAGAAAUAAUAAAGAGAAUUGUUGUUUUUAACUAUUAGACGAAAGUCUUGUGAAUAAAUAUUUGAUAAAAUAAUGAAAACAGUUUGAAUUUUUGCUAUAGCAAUGAAAUGCAUUAUUAAAAAUUAAACAAAAAAAAAAUAACAGUGCCAAUUAAACCAUAGCAGUUAAAUUGGCACUGUUAAAAAAGCAAUUUUUAAAAUGAUGUGAAAGAAAACUUAAUAUAAUAAUUUUUGGAAGUUAUUGUAAGGAACAUUUCACAUUCCCACCUUCAAAAGUAUAUCUUUGACUUUUUGAAUUUGGCAACUCUGACUUAAAUGGCUUCUUGUAGAGUGAAUACCAAUGCACUUGAAUACCCACAUUCUCUCCUAUUAUUAGUAGAGGUGUGUAAUAUUUUUCAUGUUAUUUUGUACAUUUUAUAUUAUUGUGUAAUAAAUAUAGAUUUUCUUGAUUUAUUGCGAGUCUACAAUAUUUACAAAAAUGUUAGUGUUUUGAAAGCCAACAUUACAAAUGUUUUUGAAAGCCCAUAUUAUAGAUUGGAAAUGAGUUCUAUGAACUUAAUUUUUUUAUGAAAUUCUAAUUAAGUUGAAUGAUAAAAAAUAUGCAUUUUAAUUUCGGAAAUAUGAGUGGAAAGUAACAUUCAGUGGUAACAAGUGAUAAAUAUUUAAAUAUAAGUAAGCUUCUGCAGAUAUGAUAUAAUAUUAUCCUUGUUAUUUUUGAUGAAUAUCUCACCAGCACUAAUUUCAAGUAUGUUGAAUUUUGUAUGAAUCUGAAUUGAAUCAGCAGUUUGAAGAGAAUGUAUUCAAAAAGUAUUUUCUUGGGGGAAGAGGAGAUGGGGAACUUCUUAUUAUUUAAACCAAAUUUUUUAUGAGAUUCUUUAGAUUAGUGAUAUAUGAUUCUUACAAUAUUUAUUAGAUUUUUUUAAACAAUGAUCAUCUAUAUAUAAUAAUAUACAAUAUGUGCAUUUUAUGUUUUAAUAUUUUUGUUAACUGCUGAUUCAAUUUCAAGAUGCAGUAAGAAAGUUUUGGGAGCAUUGAUUCUAGUAAAGAUGUUGUGUAUCUUAAAAAAUAAAUGUUUUUUAAAAAUUU